AUGACUGCAAUGCAUCUAAUAUGUUCAAUAGUUUACGAGAGCAAGAGUGACUAGCUGCUUGAAGUAUGCUUAAAAAACGGAGCUAAUCCAAAUAUUUAAGACAUUUACGGUAGAGCACCUAUUCACAUGGUUGCUGCUUCUGGCAAUAUUUAGGCAAUAUAGAGUUUGGUUUUGAAAGCAGGCGAUAAGUUGCAGCUGGAUUUAUAAACAAUAGGAGGUGAAACUGCAGCCCAUAAAUGCGUGAUGUUUUGCAAACCUGAAUGUCUAUAAAUACUUUUAAAUGCUGGUGCUAAUCCAUUAUUACUGACAGCAGAGGGAGAAAGUGUUAUUACAAUGGCUGAAAAAUGUCAAAAUGCCUAAAUUAUUGAGGUUUUAAAGCGAUGGAUUGAGAAGCAACAACAAUUGAAGUGA